GACAGGAGGGUGUGCACGGUGGGUGGAGACAACUCUGGGUGGAGACAACUCUGGGUGACAUACGUUCCCCAGCAAGAGGGAUGUGAAGUGUGAACCCAGUGUUUCAAAUCUGGCACUGCCCGAGUGAGAAGCACACCUGUGAGACAGCCUUUACAACCAGCAACAUGAGCGAAUCCGCAGAGUCUUUGGCUGCCAACCUCAAGAGCCGGAGGAACGUCACCAUCGAGGUCACCAACCUCACCAAUAACUACUGCUUACUGGACCCCAAGGUUUACCUGGAGAGUGGCAACUGCCACAGCCCACCCCAACCCACCGUGCGCCCGCUGAAAACCGAAGUGUGCAACUUCAGCAAGACCAGCGCCAAAGCCUCCGGUGCGGUGGGCGUCCUGACCUACGACCUGUUCGAGAGGCAAAGCAACUGUGCCAAAGAAACAGUAGCCAUAAUGUUCUCUGUGCCCUACGACUAUAACAUGUACAAGAACUGGUUCGCAGUGGGAAUCUACAGCCAGGGCAAAGAGUGCAACGAGGCUCUGUACAAAGAGAUGUAUUACAACAAAGAGCAGCAGGGCUUCGUGCGGGCGGAGGCCACAGGUUGUGGGAUCACAUAUGAGGGUUCCAGCCUGGACAUCAAGGCCACCAUGUCUCCGAUGGGCAGGGCCAUGAUGAAGGUGGAGGUGUGGGACAAGCUCUUUACGCCCUCCAUGCACCAACAUUACUAAGCUGGUGAUUCAUUUUUGUCAGACUACUCCAGUUUGACACACCAGUGUUGGAUUCGUUUAACCCUUUGUACACCUGUGCUAUUGUACCACCUGUUCAUACAAUAAACCCAUAAGGAGUUUGAUGUGA